AUGGUUAGUGCUUCUUCAGUACGUCAACAAUUGUUGGCUUUGGGCAAUCAGGGAGGUUCUCACAAAGAUCAAGUUGAAAAGUACAGAGCAAUUUUGGAUGUUAUACUGACGUCACCGGCCCACGAAAUAAACGACUCUUUAAGAAUUUUCAUCGAAGCAAUUGUCAAUGAAAAUGUUAGCUUGGUAAUAUCAAGGCAAAUAUUAACGGAUGUAAGUGCCCAAUUAACAAAUCUACCAGAUAAUGUCUCUAAAUCGAUAGCGCAUUUCACUGUUGAAAAAGUUCAACCUAGAGUUAUUUCGUUCGAAGAACAAGUCGCAAGUAUUAGACAACAUUUAGCUGAAAUUUAUGAAAAAGAACAUAAUUGGAGAGAAGCUGCAAAUGUUUUAGUGGGAAUCCCAUUGGAAACUGGUCAGAAGCAGUACUCGGUUGAAUAUAAACUGGAAACAUAUUUAAAAAUUGCAAGAUUAUAUUUAGAAGAUGAUGAUCCUUUGCAAGCCGAGGCCUAUAUUAAUAGAGCAUCACUUUUACAAGCCGAAUCGAAAAAUGAAGAACUUCAAAUAUAUUACAAAGUAUGUUAUGCAAGGGUUUUAGAUUAUCGUAGAAAAUUCAUAGAAGCAGCUCAAAGAUAUAACGAAUUAUCUUAUCGCACCAUAAUUCACGAAGAUGAAAGAAUGACCGCAUUGAAAAAUGCAUUGAUUUGCACAGUUUUGGCAUCUGCGGGUCAACAAAGAAGUCGAAUGCUUGCGACAUUGUUCAAAGAUGAAAGGUGUCAAACAUUACCAGCAUAUUCUAUAUUAGAAAAAAUGUAUUUAGACAGAAUAAUUAGGAGAUUUGAACUUGAAGAAUUUGAAGCUCUCCUUCAACCUCAUCAAAAAGCCAAAACCGGUGAUGGUUCGACGAUAUUGGAUAGAGCAGUCAUAGAACACAAUUUAUUAUCGGCUAGCAAGUUAUACAACAACAUAACAUUUGAAGAGUUGGGUGCAUUGUUAGAAAUACCAGCUGCAAAAGCGGAAAAAAUAGCAAGUCAAAUGAUAACAGAAGCUCGUAUGAAUGGUUACAUUGAUCAAAUCGACUCCAUAGUUCAUUUUGAAACUAGAGAAGUACUUCCUACUUGGGAUAAACAAAUUCAAUCACUUUGUUAUCAAGUCAAUCAAAUAAUUGAAAAAAUAUCCAACACGGAACCUGAAUGGAUGACGAAAACAAUGGAAGAACAAAUGGUUCACUAA